AUGAAAUUCAUCGUCCUCGCCGCCUGCAUCCUUGGGAUGGCUGUCUGUGCCCCUCAGCAGAGGUUCAUGGAGUUUGACAUCCGUCACGCUCCAGCUCAGGCAGCCCAGGCCAUCCCUGCUGGAGCUCCAGCUGGAACCCUGGAAGUUGUACGGGGUUUCAUCAAGCAAGAGAUCUUCGAUCCAAACGGCAAAGAGAUCAAGGAGAUGCUCUUCUGCUGCCCCCCCCAUGCCUUGAUUGCCCCCCCAGCCAGAUAUGCGCCUGCUGCUUCAGCUGCUCCUGUUGCUCCAGCUGCGCCCGCAGCUCCUGCUGCUCCUGCUGCUCCUGCUGCUCCUGCUGCACCCGCUGCACCCGCUGCACCCAUUGAACCUAUCGUUGCUGCUGGUGCUUCUGACUUGGAAACUGCAAAAAUGAAAUUUGUCAUCCUCUGCCUCUGUCUGGCUAGCACAGCCUCAGCUGUACCCUCUCCCUUUCAUUACCUGACUCAUUACACAGGAUCCAGACAACAGGUACCACCCACACAGGUGAACAAUCCCUUCGCAGCUGGUCAGCCUCUUCCACAAACUGGAAUCCCUGGCGCUUACAGUGUGGAACUAAUUUAUCCCCACAGAUUUCCUGGUGGUGUAGGUGGAUCAAACGCUGGCCAGUCUUAUCAUGGUUUCAUCAAAUAUUCCAUUCCUCAGCCACCUGGCAGACAAAGCGUUGAAGUCUACUACCCCUAUGACUUCUCUCAACAAAGGAUAAUCACAAACAUCCCACCAAUGACAAACGCCCCUCAGGCUCUCCCGUUUGAAUAUCCUCCUCAAAAUAUUCCCCAGCAAACCCUGAAUAUUCCAUCAUUUGAUGCCAAUCCUCUCCCAUCCCAGGAUCCACUGCAACCUCUGCAGCAGGACCAACCCACGCAGAUAAACCAGAUGCCAGCAAAGGUGUGAGGUGGAUGAGAGGCAUGGAAAGGAGACAAGACUCUUCCUUCCUCCUUAACAUUCAGACACCUGCGGUGGAACCAUUGACCCUAAAUGAUUAGGAAUGAACAUCUGUUUCAUAUGUUCUUAGUUAAGUUAAAAUAAAAUGCUAACAAAAUCAUAAAAUAACCACUUUUUAUUAAGAAUAAUGUUGCAAUAGUAAACUACAUUACAACAUGGCCAUCUGCAUAGAAUGAAACCUAUUUCUGAGGAAUGAUCUGCUUUACUUUAUAGUCAUCGUAGAUUAACAAUAACCUGUUGUAAAAUCCGUCAGCAGCCAUCUUCUCUCAGAUAUCAAAUACAGAAUUAGUUUUCAAUGGUAUUGUGGAAAUGGAGCACUUUGUAAGGCUACAGUUUCACAGUGUCUAAGAAUUAU